CGUCUACGUGUGCGUCAUUUUCGAGCGGCAUAAAACUCUAAAAUUCCAAAACUGUUUGCUAGUUUAUUUCGGAGUAAUAUUCUGAUUGUUACGUGUUCUGCAAAUAUAGUUUGUGCUAAUUUAGUUUUAUUAAGAUGAGUUUUAAAAAUAACAAAAAAUUUAUUGAGAAAGGAGAUGUUGUGACACUGUAUAUUAAUCCAAAUAACAUGCAUCAGAUAGAAGUCACAGAUAAAAUAAAAAAUAAAAAAGGUGAAUUAGUGGACAAUAUUUUUCAAACGACUUAUGGUGCCUUAAAAGUGAUAAGCUUAGUUGGAAAAAAGUAUGGUUCAAAAAUUGAUUUGUCAAAAGGAUGGGCUUAUGUUUUGCAACCAACGCCAGAAUUAUGGACACUGACUCUUCCUCAUAGGACCCAAAUUAUUUAUACACCAGAUAUUAGUUUAAUCAAUUAUCUUUUAAAUUUAGUACCUGGAAGUAUAGUUAUAGAAACAGGUACUGGGAGUGGAUCUUUGUCACAUUCAUUAGUAAGAGCAGUUCGACCAAAUGGCCAUCUUCAUACAUUUGAUUUUCAUGAACAAAGAGUAUUAUUAGCUCAAGAAGAAUUCAAAUCUCAUGGUAUAGAUGAGUUUGUUACUGUUAAGUACAGAGAUGUAUGCGCACAAGGAUUUGGAGAGGAACUUGACAAUAAAGCUGAUGCAGUUUUUUUGGAUUUACCUCAUCCUUGGUUGACAAUUGAUUUUGCAGUCAAAGCAUUAAAGAAAAAAGGUGGAAAAUUAUGUUCAUUUUCACCAUGCAUUGAACAAGUGCAGAGAACAUGUAUAAUGUUAACAACAGCUGGGUUUAUAGAAAUACAAACAUUUGAAUGUCUGCAACGAGAAUUAACAGUUUUGCAAAAAUCCAUACCAGUUUUGAAUUUAACUGAUUUUGACUAUCAGACUGAAGGACAUUUCAAAAAGUUUGAAGAUCCUGUGAAAAUGACAACAGUGUCUCAUCCUCAAUCAACUCCCGGCCAUACUGGAUUUGUAACUGUAGCUACAUUGCCUCCAGUAUUUGCCCGAAUCGUAGAGGAAACGUAGCAUUAGAAAUUAUUAAAAUUU